CACUCAUUAACACCGUUUCCUUUAUCCUGAGUACGACCUUUCAGGGACAGGCAAACAGCGCCGCACGUAUCACAACUAAUAAAUUACCAAUUGUUAUCCCGGGAAACUAUAUAAAUAGGACAAUUAUACUAAUAAUAAUAGAACUAUAGUUAAUAGCGUUUGAGGUUUUCAGUAUUUAAAAUGUAAUUUGUUGAAGGUUGAUAGCCUAACAGGCUACACACAGGGCAACCAAACCCCGGACCGCUUUGAAUUGUGGGUAAGACAUGGCUGCGACCUGUUUCCAACUUGAGGACAACCUUACCCAAAUGUGUUAGCGGAGCAAUUCAAAUUGUAAACAGGGAUCUAACUGCAGACCAGUGGACGUCGUCGUUUUCAUUUGAUCAUCAACUCUGAAGAUGUCGGAAAAUACUCAGAAGGAACGGGUCUCUGGACACGGGCUGUCAAGACCUGUGGUCACUGAAAUGCUGGCGAAGAAUUUCGACAAACUACCUGACAAUGAUCAGAAAUUCUUCAUGUAUGGACCUAUGUAUCUGGGGGGGAACGGAGGGCUUGCAGGACUGAUAUCCAACAGCUUGUAUCGCAGAGUUCUGAACGUCACGCAGGCGCAUUUCGCCUCCAGCCUGCCGAUGGCUGUGCUGCCCUUUCUGACGACAGUUGCCCUGUACAAUGCAGCAGUGUCCGUCCCCCUCAUGUCGGGUGACCUCAACUGUCACACCUGCGCCCUGAUGCGAGGUGCACUUGUUGGUGUGGUCGGUGGGGGGGUCUACCCCAUCCUCCUGGCCUUACCUGUGAAUGUUGGGCUUGCAACCAGGUACAGCACAGCACCGAUGCCAGAGAAGGGCAAUAUGCUGCGGUACUGGAUGGACCUUUCCAGACCGAUACUGAAGAGAAUGAGGGCGGUGAUGGUGCUUCAGAUUGUCUUCGGCACCUACCUGAGCUCCAGGCACUUUGACACGUACACCUCACUGGCGCAGAUAACAUUUGGCUCAGGUGGAGAGAUCUUCGAGGAAUAAAAUGUACUCGGCCUUUAAAAUAAAUACGUUGUUUUCAUUGA